AUGAGGGUCAAAACUAUCAGUCGCUCAUCUGAUACGUAUGUUCCAGUCAGGAAUACUCAAGAGUCCUCCUUACCAAGAAAUUUAAAUCCAGCAUUACAUCCUUUUGAGAGAGCGAGAGAGUAUACAAAAGCAUUAACAGCAACGAAGAUGGAAAGAAUGUUUGCCCAGCCUUUUAUAGGUCAACUAGGUAAUGGUCACAGAGAUGGAGUAUAUUCUAUAGCUAAAAACUUUGAUUCUUUAAAUCAGAUAGCAACGGGAUCUGGUGAUGGAGUUAUUAAAUAUUGGAAUUUAACUUCAAGAGAAGAGACUGUGAGCUUCAAAGCACAUUAUGGUAUGGUUACAGGCUUGGUGGUGACACCUAAUUCAUCGCACAUGCUAUCAUGCGGUGAUGAUAAGACUGUCAAGCUUUGGUCGGUUGAUACUUCUGAAUUUAAUGAAAUAAUUGAUGAGCUGCAAGUGUAUAAAAAUGAGGGAUUAUCCAAAACCUAUUUAGGGGAGCAUGCAUUUAAUGGUGUGGAUCACCAUAGAAGUGAGAGUAUAUUUGUCACAGGAGGCGCUUCCAUACAAUUAUGGGAUAUAAAUAGAUCAAAGUAUAUUUCUGAUCUUAGUUGGGGUGCUGAUAAUGUCAACACUGUGAAGUUCAAUCAAACUGAAACCAAUAUUAUUGCAUCAGCUGGUUCUGACAACUCCAUAGUACUCUAUGAUACCAGAACCAACUCGCCGAUUCAAAAAGUCGUAACUGAAUUAAGGACUAACUGUUUGGCAUGGAACCCUAUGGAAGCGUUCAAUUUUGCAAGUGGUUGUGAAAACCACAAUGCAUAUUUCUGGGACAUGAGAAAUCUUUCUAGAUCUCUCAAUGUUUAUAAAGAUCACGUAUCUGCGGUCAUGGAUGUUGAUUUCAGUCCCACAGGUGAGGAAUUGGUUACAGGUUCAUAUGAUAAGACCAUAAGAAUCUUUAGAACUCGUGAAGGUCACUCUAGAGAUAUUUAUCAUACUAGUCGUAUGCAACAUGUCUUUGCAGUCAAGUUUUCUACAGACUCCAAAUACAUAAUAAGUGGUUCAGAUGAUGCUAAUGUUAGACUUUGGAGAGCAAAAGCGUCUGAAAGAUCUGGUGUUAAGUCUUCUAGACAAAGAAAUAAAUUGGAGUACGAUGAGGCUUUGAAAGAAAGGUAUAAGCAUUUGCCAGAGAUCAGGAGAAUCUCUAGGCAUCGUCACGUUCCGAAGGUUGUUAAAAAGGCUCAAGAAAUCAAGAGAACUGAAAUUGAAAGUCUCAAGCGCAGAGAGGACAACGAAAGAAGACACAGCAGACCAGGGUCAAAGCCUUACAAGUCAGAGAGGCAGUCGCAUAUUAGAGGUACUGCCUUGAAAGAGGAUUAG